AUGACUGGAACACUUCCUGGUGCUAUAGGUGGUUUAUUGGCAUUUGGUCUUGUUCGGGCACACACAUCCGUCCUGAAAGGCUGGCAGUUUUUAUUUCUAGUUGAAGCAAUUCCGGAUCUUAUCAUGGCUGUCAUGAUUCUGCUUUUUUUGCCUUCCUUCCCCUUCUCAUCGACCUUUCUGAACGCAAGAGAAAGAGCGAUUGCACAAGCCCGACUUGACCGUGAUCAUAAACCGCAGUCUCAUGGCGGUAUGACCGGCUGGCAAGGUUUCAAGGCUAUAGUUACAGACCUAAACGCAUGGCUUCUGAUGAUGGUUUAUGCUACGUUCAAUAUUGGUGUCGCGACUGUGUCAUACUUUUUACCGACGCUCAUAAGAGAACUCGGCUUCACCUCUAUUCAAGCCCAAGGAAUGACCGUAGCUCCAUACCUCGUUGGCUGGUUUAUGGUCUUCUUCCAGGCUUGGCAUUCUGAUCGUACAAGCGACCGUGGCUGGCAUGUCAUGGCUUCCACAUUCGUCUCCUUUGUUGGAUACCUCAUCCUGGCCACAUCCGUUCAGAAGAGCGUAGGUGCAGCAUACUUCGCACUAUUUCUUGUUGUUGGCGGGAAUUACAGUUUAUUCCCCCUGGUGAUGAGCUGGGCAGCAAAUACGUUUUCACCUACGUCAAAGAGAGGUGUCGGAACGGCUUUCAUUGUCUCGAUAUCGAAUUGUGUUUCGAUCGCUUCUCCUCAGAUCUACUUCGACCCGGAGGACAGUUACCGUAAGGGCCAUGCUAUCUCUGCCGCAUGCCUCCUGGUAUCAUUUACUUGCGCCUUCAUCUUGCGAACUCGUUUAUCCAGGAAAAACAAGGAGAAUGCUGAGAAACUUGCAGUCCUAGAAGCAGAAGGCGAACUUGAGCCACCAUCCGGCGAACUUGCCGACCACGAUCCGCGCUAUGUCUUCAUGACGUGA